GGUUUGCGAUGAACAAUCUGCCCGUGAAGGAUCCCGUACAGCUGCAAAUGAUCGCUUACAUUGUGAAUCACUCCAAUCCUCCUGCAGAUGAGUUUGACGAGGAUUUUUCUCGGAUUGAAGGCGUCGUUGCGGAUACCGACAGGACACAGGCCCCGUACUUUGCUGAAAUAUAUCUUCCUUUUCAUAACACGGAAUUUCACGCCGUAUUAGCUGGAGCGCUCAUCUCAAAGAGACAUGUUCUCACUGCAUCCUAUGGGGUAGAUCCGGAUCUUUACGCGGCAAUGGGACUAUCCUUUUCCUUUAUUUUCGUGAAGCUGGGGACAGAACCCAACCAAGAAUUCAUAGUGAAUACGCCUUCAAUUAUUCGCCAUCCCAGUUAUAACAUGAGCCGUGAAAUCACUGACCAGAGUGACAACACCUUGGCCAAGUACCAGCCGGCAAUCGUGCCUUUAAGUUCGGACGCUCGGCUAGGGGAAGACGUGAACAUUGUUCCGAUCAUUGUUUUUCCUUUUGCUAAUUACAUUGGUGAUCAAGUCACUAUCUUGGACUCGAUUGGAACAGAAAAUUCACAUGCGCUUCAACAAUUGAGUUACGUGGGUGUGGAAUGCAACAGCUCAAUACUCAAUGAAGAAUGGGCGUCAUGUUUCCAGCUUGCUGACCUGAGUUUCUCAGCUAUCUGGGACUACGGUGUUGUUGGAUCACCGGUCAUCGUCAAUUUCGGAACUGCAGCAGCGGCGGUGAUCUCAGUUAAAACCCUUCAAUACUCUUCCUUGAAUGAUAUAGUUUCGACGCAAGGAGCUUCGAGCAUGAGUUUCGCUGAACAUGCUGGGUUUGUUUGCGAGUACGCUGAUAGUUGCAUCUAUGACAACCCUGAGCCCAAAACAACUGAUGCCGUAACAUCACCUCAGACGCAGCUCAAGGAAAACACUUCGCAGUUCUGCUUUGAAAGUCGAGACAUUCAUUUCGACUCGCCCGUGUCUUCCUCAGUGUUUUCAGGACGAUCUGCCCGUAUCAGCAUGGAAAAUACCAACAAUGAUGCACAAAGACCGAUUGCGCAAAUACUCGCAGCAAUUGGGAACCGAUCCAACACCUCUUCAGAAUUCAGUAAUACUGAAUAUUCUCGAAUCGAAGGCGGGGUUGCAGAGACUGACGGAACAAAAGCGCCGUAUUUUGCCAGGGUUGAUGUUACCACCAACCUGAACCUGAGAACCCCGAUGUCAGUAGGAGCGCUGAUUUCGAAAAGACACAUCCUCACUACAGCCUGGGUGAUCGAUCCCCUGAGUUACGAGUCAAGUUCGCCCUAUUUCAACAGCAUAACAACAAUUCAUGCCAUUCUGGGAGAUUCUCAGGAAUUCGAAGUGGGACUCUCCAAUGUGAUACGCCAUCCAGAUUAUGUCAGGUGGACUUACGGAGAAACAUCUCUGAACACUCGAAUCAGAAAUCAACCAGCAAUUUUGAGACUGCCUUCUGAUGCCGUGUUGGGAGACUAUGUCAAAACUAUCCCGAUUAUGUCAAAUGCUGGCUCCUCGUACAUUGGACAGAGCGUCACGAUCCUGGACUGGAAUUUAAAUCUCCGAUCAGGCGACUUUCAUUCGACGAAUAAGGCGAAUUAUGUCGGCGUGGGAUGUAGCACCUUUUUCAUGAGUCUGGAAUGGUCCUUGUGCUUUGAAUUGGCCGAUACUUCAUUGCCAUCUUCCUUGGAUAAAAUCGGGAAAAUGGGGUCUCCAAUUGUGGUUGACUACGGAACCGAAAAGGCAGCAUUGGUUGGGGUCAAAACUUAUUACAUUAUUGUGAACCCAGCCUUAUCCACGAGGGUCACGACAAUUGCCAGCAGCAUGAGUUAUGAUGGACAUACUGCGUUCGUCUGCCAAUAUGCUGAUAACCCUCCCAACAGUUGGGCUGAAUUUACGGGGAUCCGGCGGAAGUUCCCGACGUUGCCGAUGACAAGCCCCGGGCUUGAAACAAAGGAUCCUGAAAAGCAUAAAACGGACCUCAACAGCAGAAUCAUCAUCAGAACGACGAGAGUGCUGCAGAAGGCUGCUUUGAAGCUUCGGAACCAUUUUUUCAGUAGUAGUGAAGAGGAAGAUGACUACCUUGACUUGAUCAAGCUUCUUUUUGAUAAAUAUGGUAACGCCUCUGCGUCAAAAAAUAAGCUCUACUUGGAAAUUGAGCAACUGAGCCCUUUGGAUGAAUCCAUGAGGGCAGCGGCCGAAUAUGCUUACCAAAUUUCUCCUCUAUUUAUGAAGUUGAAGAAAAUUGAACCAAACCCGGACGUGAUUGAAAAUAGGGCGAAUCAUUCUCAGGCCGAGUGCCAAAGUAGCUGGAGAUGUAAGAAAUGCUCUAGUAAGCAUCACACCUCCCUCUGUAUCAAAGUAAAGCCCCAAGAGGAGAAGGAAGAAAAGAUUGAGGAACCCGAUGAUCUCGUUCACAGGCAAUUGAUCCUCAAUGAGAUUAAAAGCUUCAAAGAAGAUUGGAAAAAGCAAAUUGUCACUCAAAAAGAGGAUCCUUCUCCUCCGCAAAAGGUUCAGGAGGAACCCAAGGACCCAAAGGCA